UACGCUUACAUGCCGAUGCGUCCUUGGGCAUAAACACGGUUUAUUCGAUGUUCCCACAUGGAACGCCUCCUCGGUACUGACCUUUACAUUUAAAUCAGCUGAGCUUCAGGGAUAAAUGAUGAAGUCUCUCUUCCCCUCUUUCAUUUCCAUUCUUCAGCAUUUAAAAUGACCUCCAUGCUGCAGAAGCUCAUCCUACCCAUCUUCAGUGGUCCUCCUGAGCCACCCAGGAAUAAAGUCACCGUGGUGGGUGUGGGCCAGGUCGGAAUGGCCUGUGCCGUCAGCAUCCUUCUCAAGGAGUUGGCUGAUGAGCUGGCCUUGGUGGACGUGAUGGAGGACAAGCUGAAAGGAGAGAUGAUGGAUCUACAGCAUGGCAGCCUCUUCCUUAAAACAAAAGUGGUGGCUGAUAAAGAUUACUCUGUGACAGCAAACUCGCACAUCGUGCUGGUGACAGCCGGAGUCCGUCAGCAGGAGGGGGAGAGCAGGCUGAAACUGGUCCAGAGAAAUGUCAACAUCUUCAAGCACAUCAUCCCCCAGAUUGUCAAACACAGUCCGGACUGCAUCGUCGUCGUGGUUUCCAACCCAGUGGACAUUCUGACUUACGUGACCUGGAAACUGAGUGGUCUUCCCAAGCACCGCGUCAUCGGCAGUGGCACCAACUUAGACUCGGCUCGCUUUCGCUUCCUUGUUGCUGAAAAACUUGGAAUCAACGCCAGCAGUGUCCACGGAUGGAUCCUGGGAGAACAUGGAGACACCAGUGUUCCUGUCUGGAGUGGGGCAAAUGUCGCUGGUGUCAGUCUGCAGACCUUGAACCCUGACAUUGGCAGUGACAAGGACAAAGAGAAUUGGAAGGAGACCCACAAAAUGGUGGUGGACAGUGCCUAUGAGGUGAUUAAACUGAAGGGUUUCACAAACUGGGCCAUCGGCCUGAGUGUGGCCGACCUCACAGAGACUAUCAUCCGAAACAUGAACAAGGUUCAUCCUGUUUCCACAAUGGUCAAGGGCAUGCAUGGCAUCAAUAAUGAGGUGUAUCUCAGUCUUCCCUGCGUGCUCAACGGUGGGGGGGUGUCCAGUGUGAUCAACAUGACCCUGACAGGCGGUGAAGUGGCGCAACUGCAGGCUAGUGCCAACACUCUGUGGAACAUUCAGAAGGAUCUGCAGGAUGUGUAGCCGACCAGCAGGGGGAGCCGUGGCCUUGUUUUCCUUACCACCACGUAAUCAGAAUUAAAAGCAAAUGUGUUCCAGUCAUGCUGCUCAAUAUGAAAUAAACUAAAGUGACUAAAUGUGUUUAGUCAUUUGAUAAUAACAGUGAGAAUUUAGAAAUUAUACGACCCUGUGAUAGAAUCCAUUUAGACACAGGUAACAAAGUUACGCAAAACAGUAUACAACUUUAUAAAAGACACUUCAUUUCAAAUAUACAUUUACAAAGUUACAGUAAAAAAAAAAAAAAAAAUCAAAUACAACCGGUAACUUUUCUUCAUGUCAGUAAUGUUUCACUUGGACUUGUUUAUUUCAAUGUUCAACAUUCA